AACCUCAGGUGACAGCGAAUGAGGGAAAGGGAAACACCUACAUUUUAUACCUCCAGGUUUCUUACAAAACAACAGAACAGAACAAUCUGAAGCUUGCAUUCACACGUACAUCUCGUAAGGAGGAGGAAAAAACGUCUCCAAAAUGCCAGCCAGCCUUUGUGGAACAUGGGAAAUGAUCAACAGUGUCAACAUGGAAGGCUACAUGAUUGCACUGGGUAUCAGUGCUCACUUACGUAAAGUUGCUCUGAAGUUGAAGAUGAAGAAGGUGAUAGAGCAGCAGGGGAACCAGUACAUCAUCAAAACAUCCACCAUCUUCAGAAACUACACCAUCUCCUUCAGAGUGGGUGAGGAGUUUGAGGAGUUUACCCAGGGACUGGACGACAGACAUGUCAAGUCUUUGGUGUCUUGGGAGGGGAAUAAACUGGUGUGUGAGCAGACUGGAGAGAAAAAGAACCGGGGCUGGGCUCACUGGAUUGAAGAAGACAAGCUACAUCUGGAGUUGCACUGUGAAGGAGAAAUCUGCAAGCAGAUUUUCAAAAGAAAGUGAAAGAGUGAAGAGGAAUGAAAGUUACUCAUGACGUGUCAGACUCACUGCAAAGUCUUUCCUGUCAGGAUUCCUGUGGGAUUAACACCACUAGAUGGCAUCCCUGCAUUACUUUUGUCAGAUACAGGGCUACACUGGCCUGUAGCUUUGUGGUGCUUGGCCUCCGAAAAUACUGUGAAGCAUGUUUAUGGCUCAUUUCAGCUGGCUGAAAAAAAUGUGUCUGUUUUGUGCAAAUGUUUUGUUUCCUUGAAGUUUCUAGUUUUCAAUAGGACAAAUUUGGGAUAUUACAUUUGGUUGAGGUAUUUGUAAAAAUAUAUAUGUGGAUAUAUUUAUACUUAAUGGACAACAGAAAGAGAGGUGUAGGAUGUUUUGAAAGCAGUUUUAGGUGAAUUGCGUAGACUUUCCUAAAGGAAGCAAUAAGUUUCACUUUGUCAUAAACUAGCACCUUAGCGUGGGAACUUCUGAUAGUUGUAAACAAAAUAACUAAGCAGCGGUUCAACCGGUCGGAUAAAAGUCAUGUGUGUAGGAGUAUUCAAAGUCUUGUGUGAAUUAGUCAGAACACACUAAGUGUGGUAGUUGCACAUGAGCAAAUAUGAACAGAAAAACUGAAUUUUAAUUGUUUUUAUUUGGUUUCCACAUGCUCACUCAGGCAAAAGCAGCCAAUAUGCUUUGAACGUGCUUACUUAGUGCUGUAGAUCUGAAAACAUACAAGUGUAAUUUGUAUUAAGUGAAAAUGGAAUAAACAGACCUCUUUGUUUUCCACCUUGGGAGUCUGUUUUGUGCAAAUGUUUUGUUUCCUUGAAGUUUCUAUUGUUCAAUAGGACAAAUUUUGGAUAUCACAUUUGGGUGAGGUAUUUGUAAAAAAA